AUGAUUCGGCAAGAUUUCCACAAGAUCGAUCCGAAGAGGAGAGCAACUCUCGACCAUAAGAAAAAGCAAUUUGCUACUCCAGUCUUCAAACAACAAGAUUAUCCGCACCGCUUAAACUUCUAUGAGGUCCCACCAACGGCAGAGAUUACUCUCGAGCAAUUCGAGCAAUGGGCUAUUGAUCGGUUGAGGAUCCUGGCCGAAAUCGAGGCCUGUUCGUAUAGAAACAAAUCGCCCGCCGAGACAGAAGCACAUAUCACACCGCUCCUCCAGAAAUAUCUUCCACUAUCCUCAAACACUUCUUCGUCGCUAGGUGCGGCCGAUCAACGCUUGAAAAAUGAACGACAAAAAGAUCACUAUUCGCAUUUCAUUCUUCGUUUGGCCUUCUCCGCCACAGAGGACCUCCGUCGGCGAUUCGCACGAGCCGAGACCAUGCUUUUCAGGUUCCGGUUCCAAAAAGAUGAUUCACGAGAGAGACGUGCUUUUAUAGAGAGCCUCAAUCUCGACUGGGAGCCUGUUAGUGAUGAGGAGAGGCGUGAGCUUUCCGAGCAUCUUGUGAAUGCGACACCGGGGUUACGCCGUGUUGACGAAGAAUCUUGGUAUAAGGUUAAUUGGGAGAGAGUUCCGGAGUUGGUGGAGAGACGGUCUGUCUUCUUAUAUAGAGGAAAAGCGUAUGUACCAGGAAGGGAACAGUUGAGCAUGAUUAUUGCUGAAUUCACGGCUCGGUUAGAGCGUUCUUUGGAGCUCACGAGUCGAGCCCUGCCACGUUUGGACGAAGAUGAUCGUCUCACGCCGAUCUUGAAUCACCUGUCUAAGAACUUUGGGAGUGCCGAAUCCGUAUACUCUGAGGGAGAAGGAGUUGUUGAUGGCGCUCCCAUCACUGCAAACAACAUCGAUCAGCUUUCCCAACAUUUCCCACUCUGCAUGCGCAGCCUACAUAUGUCACUGCGGAAGAACAACCAUCUAAAGCAUUACGGCCGACUUCAAUAUACCCUCUUUUUGAAAGGGAUCGGCUUAUCAUUGGAGGAGUGUAUCGUUUUCUGGCGUCAAUCAUUCAAAGGAUUUACCGACGACGAAUUCAAUUCCCGGUACAAGUACAACAUCCGUCACGCCUAUGGCGAUGUGGGCGGUGAUGUCAACCGCAGAGGUCGCGGUUAUCCUCCUUACUCAUGCCAGAAGAUCCUGGGUGACUCAAACCCAGGAGUUGGGCAGACACACGGCUGUCCUUAUCGUCAUUUCUCCGUUGACAACCUCAUUGGGCUUCUUCAGUCCACUGGCAUUAGUGACAGAGAAUUACUGCGUGGGGUGCGGGAAGACGUGGAAAAGACUCGGUAUCAUAUCGCUUGCAACAGGGUGUUCGAGUGGACGCACAAGGCAGAGAUCAAGCGAGUAAAAGAGGACGGAACUUGGAAUCAGACGGAUCUGGACACCAUUGUCCAUCCUAACACAUACUUCAAGCGCAGUUAUCUCCUCAAGCAGGUGGGGAAAGCUUCAAGGAAAGCUUAA